UCUACUUUAUCUCCUAGUUUCAGGUGUUCCUUUCUGCUAAGUUUGUUGCUUUUCUGUUAAAUUCAGAAAUUUUGCUUCAGUGGAUUCCAAUUUGUCUAACUGAAUCCCCUUUAUCUUUUCUCCUUUUUGCUAAAGGUGUUUCUGCAUAUUGUUUUCUUAUGUGGUUCCUUUGAUGCAUGCAUCAUUGUAAAACUAAUUUGCUUAUUGUAUAACUAAUUUGCUCAAUUCCCACCCUAUUUCAGGUUUAUCUUUGUUGAUUACAUCAAAUUAAUCCCCCAAUGAAUGUCAACGAAGAGGACAUGCUAAUCUCUCUAAGAGAAAUGGAAGAUUCAUCCGAAGAAGAACUCGACGAAAAUGGGCCAAUCGAAAACGGCCACCUCGUCACUCGGCCCCACACCCCCUACCACCCCAGUGUAAAGCUCUCUCUCCCAUGGCUUGAUUUAAGAGUCUUUUACAUUAGGGUUAGCAGAUGCGUAAUCAACGAUCCAGAUCACCUCACACUAAACCUCGUCCCGUUAAGCCGCAACACUCUUCUAGAAGUCAACUCCGUUAGACCUAGCAUAUACGCAGAUGGUAUAUCUACCCUUUUGAAAAAAGAUAGGUUAGAUAAAAGAUCCGAAGAAGUUACAUUUGUGAGCACCGAUAGUAUUAGAAUGACUGGGAGCGUCAAAUUUGAGGUUUUCAAUCAAGAUGUGCUUAUAUUAUCGGGUACUUUAGAAUUGGCUCUUAAUGGAAAUGGAUUUAUCGGGGAGUCGAAAUACCAAGGGCAGAGUUGGAAUAUGGAAUGUGAUGGAUUUUUGCUCAAGGGAAAUCAGAAUAAUUACACAGGGUCGGAUUCGUCUUUUUCGCCGGCUAUUGAAGUUUAUGUUGCGGGUAGUUUUUUAGGGAGUCCGGUUAUAUUGAUUAAGAGCUUGCAGCUUAAUAAUCAUAGGAGGAAGCAGGUUAGGAAAGGGAUGCUGGAAUCUAUACCGGAAUACGAGGCCGCUCCUCAAAGCCGGAAAGAUGAUUCGUCUAAUUACCCUACAAUACAGUCGACGCAUUAUCCCGAUUAUAAACAACAAGAUGAAGACAAUUGCAGUCCAUAUUUAGGUAUGGAGUAUCUGGAAGGCGAAGAUGGAGAAUUAUCAUGGUUCAACGCCGGGGUAAGAGUAGGUGUUGGAAUCGGCCUAAGUAUAAGUCUUGGAGUAGGAAUAGGAGUCGGCUUGUUCGUUCGAACUUACCAAGGUACCACCAAAAAUUUGAUAAGGCGAUUACUGUGAAUGUGCACGUGAACGAAUAUGCCUGCAUUUAUGUCACUAAUCUCACUACUUGUGUGUUUCUUACUUGGGG